GAAAAAACAAUUUUUUUGGUUUUAUAAAUUUGGGUUUUAUAAAUCGGCAGAACCUUUGUAGACCAAAGUAACCCAAAUCCUAUGAUGUUACUUGGGUCGGAUCCAAAGCUUUAAUUGUAGGAAUCGGAUACUAUCGUUGUUUAUUACCGCAUUUCCCCCGUCUUCUCAAUCCAUCUAUCCAUCAACAAUGGCGUCGUCCCAUUGCACGAUGAGAGGUGCUGCUGUUGGAGUACUCCUCCUCAGAUUCUCCUCUAAUGGCGUCGUCUCUUCCAGAUCCAUUCUAAACUCCAGAAGUAACCAUCAUCGUCUCCUCACCAUCCCCAACUCCCUCUCCUCUCUCUCCUCAAUCUCCACUCACACCACUUCCAACUUCACCACUCCCUCACAUGCAUAUGAGCAGAACUCCACCAAGCGUCAAGUCAGAAAGAUUUGGAUCUCUUCUCCUCUCUGUAUGGGUCGUCGCUCUUCCAAAAUCGCUGGCCGAAAGGGGGCUCAAGAUUCAAAGAAGGCUAAGCUAUACUGUAGAAUUGGCAAGGAGGUUGUAUCAGCUGUCAGGAAAGGGGGUCCAAACCCAGUGUCCAAUACAGUUCUAGCUACCAUACUUGAGAAAGCAAAAGACCUUGAUGUACCCAAGGACAUUGUGGAGCGUAAUAUUAAAAGAGCUUCUGAGAAGGGCCAAGAAGAUUUCAUCGAGAAGAUCUAUGAGGUAUAUGGGUAUGGUGGAGUUAGUAUGGUAGUGGAGGUCUUAACAGACAAAAUUAAUCGAUCAGUGGCAGCUGUUAGAUCAGUUGUUAAGGAUUAUGGAGGCAAAAUGGCUGAUUCAGGAUCUGUCAUGUUCAAGUUUAGACGAGUUAGGGUCGUCAACAUUAAGGUCACCGAGGCUGACAAAGACCAGCUCUUUAUUAUUGCUCUGGAUGCUGGAGCUGAGGAUGUUAUUGAUCCCCCAAGUUAUGAAGAUGAUACUGAUGAAGAUAGGGAAGAAAGGUACUACAAAAUUGUAACUUCUAAUGAGAACUACUCAACAGUGUUGUCGAAGCUACGUGAUGAAGGAGUCAACUUUGAGCCUGACAAUGGCUCUGAACUGCUCCCUCUGACUACAGUUGAGGUGGAUGAUGAGGCCAUGGAACUGAACAGAGAGCUUAUGCAGAAACUACUUGAACUUGAUGAUGUUGACGCUGUUUACAUUGACCAAAAAUGAACAAUACAUUACAGGAAGUUUCACUUCAGGUCAAUCUCGGAACUGGUUUUUGUUCAAGUCUGCAUAUAUUGUGAAGAAGGAAUGGUGAAUUGGUGAUGAUUCUGGAACACACUUUACGAUUCACUUCUUCUAGUUUCCAUUUUGAAGCUACAAAAUCACAGAUGUUACCUUGUAAUUCUUAAUACUCUUUCUCUUGAUCAUAGACUGACUGUUCACAUAACUUCUUCUGUAGUCACUCUUUCUUAACUGAUGGAUGGCCCCUGACAGAACUUUAGCUUCAAAUCAAACACUUUUC